AUGAAGUUCGACACGACGCAUAUGCGAUACCUUUCAAAGGAAGAUUUCCGUGUUCUAACAGCGGUCGAAAUGGGAUCAAAGAACCAUGAAAUCGUGGCUGUCAAGAUGAUCAAUCAACUGGGCGGACUACGUUCAGCAUCACGAACUGACCGGUGUAUUUCGGAGUUGGCCAAAGUUAAAUGUAUUAGCAAGAUUCGCAAUGCAAAGUAUGAUGGCUACCGCCUGACAUAUCUAGGAAAUGAUUAUCUUGCCCUUAAAGCAUUUACAAAACGUGAGACGGUCUACUCCGUUGGCAACCAAAUCGGCAUUGGUAAGGAGUCAGAUAUCUACAUUGUGGGAGACAAGACAGGCGCAUCAAAUGUUUUGAAAAUCCACCGGCUGGGCCGAAUUUCUUUCCGCACAGUCAAAAACAAUCGAGACUACCUUAAGAAGCGUCAAAGUGCAUCAUGGAUGUAUCUGUCACGGCUUGCUGCGCAAAAGGAGUUCCAAUUUAUGAAGGCUCUCUAUGAUGCAGGCUUUGAAGUCCCUGUGCCAAUCGACACUUCUCGCCACAUGAUUGUCAUGUCUCUUGUAGAAGGGUUCCCUAUGCGUCAACUUACCGAGCAUGGUGAGGCUGGCCGACUGUACAAAACACUAAUGAAAUUUAUUAUUCGAUUAGCAUGUGCAGGGCUAAUUCACUGUGAUUUCAAUGAAUUUAACAUUAUGAUUCGGGACGACUAUGAUCCUGCAGUUGACCCACCUGAGAUGGAAGCUACUGUGAUUGAUUUCCCUCAAUGUGUUUCGAUUUCUCACCCGGAUGCUCAGCGAUAUUUUGAGCGAGAUGUGAAUUCGAUUCGUCACUUUUUUGAUAAAAAGCUAGGAUAUGUACCAGCUGAUGGAUGGUAUCCUGAAUGGGAGCGAGAUGUGAAUCGUACAAGCACAUUGGAUGCACUUGUGGAGGCGUCUGGGUAUAGUAAAGAGCAGGUGAAGGAUUUUGAGCAAGCGUUAUCGGAGAGUCGUGAGGCGUUUGGAGCUGAGAAGGAGUUUGCUGAGGGUGAAUAUGACGACAUGCUUGAGAUUGAGGAGGAUUAUACCGCGGAGAUUAAUGGUGAGGACAAUGAUGAUGAGGAAGAAGAGGACGAAGAAGAAGAAGAAGAAGAAGAAGAAGAAGAUUCGGAUUUGGCCGAAGACGAUGAGGAAGAUGACUAUGAUGCUCGAGUGGAAAGGGCUAUAGCCGAAAAGGGUAUUGAGAACAUGCGCCGGGAUAAGCUGGGCAACUAUAUUCUUGAUUAA